AUGAACGAUGAGUUUCUUAAGGUGGGUGUAAGAUCAUUUCAAGCUCUGACUGCAUUGUGUCAAAUUGUAAGGCAAACAAUUUCGAACAGUUUAAAUCAAUUUUAUUCAAAUCAAUAUGUAAGUGCAGCUGUUACACCUGUCGAGACAUUUACGUUAAGCAUCCAACCAUUGAUUGAUCAAUUUAAAUUAUCAACAAAGAAUAACUUUCUGUUCUCGUUCAAUCUAAUACGAAAUACAACGGCAGUGAAUCAUAUCAUAUCGGCCUUAGGAUUAAAUUACAUUUUCCCCAGUCAUAUGCCAAGUAUUACGAGACCUAUCUCAACAACAUACAAUGGCUGCUCCUGUAGUAAGUCACCAUAUUGUGCCAAAGAAUAUCCAGUCAAAAAUGAUCCGACGGGGCCACCACCAUUCAUCAUACCAAAAUUCUAUAUAGGAUGUUAUCUUAUCGAAGCACUUCUGCAAUCUACUCUCGAAUGUUUCUAUAAUGAGAUAUGUAUAAAGGAAAUACAAUCAUAUAUAGGAAAUAUUUCAUCGAUUCGUGUAACACCUCUUAACCCAUCAUUACCAAGUAGUUAUUCUGUUAAAUCUACAAUACAACAUCUUGUGGAUCACUUUAUGAUUGAACAAUGGUAUUCAUCCAUUAUAUACGAAAAGUAUUAUAACUUCUGUCAACCCAAACAAUGUAUAUAUACUUACAAAACAAAGAAUUCUAUAAUUUAUAUUGUAACUAUACUAUUCGGAUUAAUUGGUGGUUUAAUGACCGUCCUAAAACUUGUUGUACCACUAUUGGUGAGAUUUAUAGCAUGGAUUAUUGUUAAACGGAGACGUAGAAUAAUUCCACAAACACCAACAAUUGACACUUAA